GCCAAAUGUCUCACAAAAUUACAGUCCCCAUGAUAAAGCAGUCCAAAACUGGAUUAUUUCUGCAGUGUGUUUUGUACCUAAGUUAUUGCAGUUCUUUUGUGAUCCAUAGUAGCCUUGCAGCUUCUGUAGUUGUAGGAAUCUUUGCAACUAUGGCCUACUUCUUGUGGAGUCAGUAAAUCUUUGUCUGAGACUGCAGUUAAGAACUCACAUGAUAAAAUAUUGUUCUAUUCAAAAACCAAACCACCUUUACAUCAGAGAAACCAAUGAUUUGGGGAGUAAAGUUCAAGUUUGUUAUGUGCCUUCAAGUCAACUCCAACAAAUGGUGACCCUGUCAUAGGCUUUUCUUUGGAAGAUUUGUUCAGAGGAGGGUUUAUCAUUGCCUUCCUCUUAGGCUGAGAAAAUAUGACCUGCCUAAGGUCAUCUAGUGUGUGUCCAUGGCUAAUUAGGGAUUCCAACCCAAGUUUUUCAGUGUUUUAGUCAAACACUCAGUCCACAUUUAGUCUUCCCUUUGCCAGUACUUGGUACUUCUCCACAAUGUCUGGGGGGGAUUUAUCCAUGAAAGUGCUAACCUGUAUGAUGAAGUGUAUCAAGUGCAUAAGAUUGGUCAUGUCAGUAUGUUCUACAGGGAUGGUAAGAAGAGCUGGUGUGAAUAAAUAUGUAUCCUGUGAAUUACUCCCUCAUAGAUGGUGUUGUCACUGCAAACAAAUGAAGGGGGUGAGUCUGCAUGGAUGACUGCUUCUGGCAAACAAGUUUUUUUUUAAAAUAUCAACAUAGAAUUAAGUCACACCAAAGAGAAGGUGAAACUAAACAGUGAGAUGAAGAUAUUGUGACAAGUGGGUGAAUGGGGUGCUGUGGGUUGUCACCUUGAGGUAGGUUUAUCUAUACUGCAAAAUUAUAUCAGCUUGACCCCACUUUAACUAUCAUGGCUUCAUCGUAUAGAAUCCUGGGAUCUGUAGUUUGGUGACAUACAUAGAAUUCUUUAUUGCACUCUCUUCAACUGCAGACCACAGCUUUCUGGCACAGAAGUCCAAAUCCCUGAUCAAACUAGAAAUCAAGAUUUCCAUAGAAUGCAGCAUGACCGUGGUAGCAAAGUGCUAUAAUUGUGCAGUGUGGAUAUUCCCCUUGGUAACAAAAUGGGGCAAUGGCAUCAUUUUCAAGAGCCAAGCUCCAAAAUAAUAUCCUUUGUUGGGCUGGCUGUGAAUUUCCAUGUUGAGGUGCCUAUUCUGUGUUCUGUAAAAGUUGUUCUCUUUUCUAAUCAAGAAGGCUGUUUUCACAACAAACAGUGGGGAACUGGGCUGAAGGACAGGUCACAUACUUCUCAGUUGUUUUUCAGUGGUCCCUUUUUGCUAUGAAAAUGAGUGGGAAUCAGAUAAGUUUUCCUCCCUGGGCAGAGAUGGCUGAAAUUUCCAGGAAGUUUUAUGUAUUUGAGGACUAGGAGAAAGGACUGGCACUUCAUUGGUGAUGGUGGCAGGAGGAAGGCACAGGACUCCAACUUCCACCUACCUUAAUUGUGAAGAUAAGGAUUCGGCCUCUGGCUACCAUGUUGAGGAAAAGGACCAUGGCUUCAUCUUCAUGUGUUCCAUCAGCUGCCUACAUGAUGGAGGCUCUCCAUGUGAACUGGAAUUCUCAUUUUCAGAGGACCCAACUCAAGUAGACAGUAUACAUGGAUAAUGGAAGGUGUCACUUUCUAUGUGGAUGAGGCCUACCUCAGAGCAAUUGAUAUCAAGAUUUUGCAGCAGCUAGUAGCUGUGAAUGAGGGCAUUGAGGCCGUGAAGUGGCUACUGGAGGAGAGAGGGAUGUUGACCAGCCGCUGCAGCAGUCUCACCAGCAGCCAGUACAGCUUGGUAGAGAGUCAAGAGACAUCCCGGCGGGGCAGCUGGAACAGUCUUCAGGAUCCUAAUGACAAGUUGGACAGUAUCUCUAUUGGCAGCUAUUUGGAUACCCUGGCUGAUGAUAUGGAUGAAUAUGGGCAAGGCUCUUCGAUUGAACCCAUAAUGUCAUCUACUCCAGGCAGGCCGCUGGCUAGAAUUGAGUUGGAAAGUUCAAAGACUGACCUAGACAGAACCCUUCCUGCUAAGAAAGACAAAGAACAGGAGAAAAGCAAAACCUACCUUGAGAGGAUUCCUGGCUUGGUUAAAAGCCAAAGUGAACCAAACAGACCUGCCAGGCAGUCACCACCAAUGGCUAAUGGGCUUUCAAGUAGACAAGUCUCAGGGUUGGAGGAGAGCACUGAUUCUAAAUUCUCUUCAUCAGCUACAGAUCAGUCAAGCAAAAGUAGUUCAGCAGGAAAAUUCUCUAGGAAUAACAAAGCUGACUUGGAGAGCUGCAUGCUCAAAAGCAGGAGGCACUUGGAGUAUGAUGCCCAUUGGCAGUGGGUUCAGUCUCAAGAUGAUGUGACGUUCUUGUAGUAUCCAAGACCAAGAGGUCUAGGUCAACAAUUGCAGGCUCAGGGCUUCAAGCCACUAGUUGCUAGCACUGUGAGUUGCAAGCUAUAGUUUUCUUGCCAAAAUGGUUGCUUAUCAUGGGGCUUAUACUGGUGGACAGAAGAUAUGUAUACCAGACAGAAUACAUCAGUUCUCCUUGACAUUAACCCCCACCCACCCACCCAAUAACAGCCUUGUGUCAUGUGAAUCCCUUUCUUUGAAGGAGCUGUUGGUCUGCAUCUGUCAGUCUUGUGCAAUUAGAGAAUAACUUUCAAAGUUUCUGUGGGAGCUGUGUGUUUGUAAAACAUUGCACAUCUAUGUAAGAAGUGUAGGUUGCCUUUUGGCAAAGCAUAUUUGCUUUAAUAGCAGCUGAAAUAUUAUUGCAACCAGUGUUUUCAUGGGGAAAACAUGUUUGUCUAUUGCUGUUCAUACUGGGUAUUAUUCAGGGCUUUGGGUUGAAUGCAGAGUCACAUCUUUGACACUAUUUCUCUUUUCAUCUGUUCCAUUAUUAUUCACACUAGUGCAGUUUUAUAUCCCUUUACUUAAUAUUUCAGCCCUGGGUUUAAAGAAGAAGUAGGCUAAAUUAUUGCAACAAUUACAUCUAUAAAUUCACUCGACACAAGACUCACCAUGCUAAGCAUCCCUGCAGGGGAAAGCAUAUUGAGUCCCUGCCCGUUUUUCCUAAGCUUGUAACUGAGGACAGUGUGAAUGAAUGUGAAUUUAUAUGCAAGUGCAUGCACAUGUGUAUGUGCACAUUAUUGCCAUAGUGUCCAGAACCCUAUUGAUGUUUUAUGCAUGGGCAAACUCGCCAUGGAAAGUGGGAUUUUUGUCUGAUGUGGGAUGCCUUCUUUAGGUCAAGGUUGCAGCAGUAGAGUUAAGCAUAUACCACUGCUGUGCAUGGAGAGGCAUAUAUAUAUAUAUAUAUAUAUAUAUAUGCACAUAUACUUGCGGAAGUAUGCGUAGUUGCACGUUUUAGUAUACAUUCAGUUGUUCAAGUUACAACACACUCUACAAUGCAAUUCAAUACAAGAGCUGCAUAACAAAAUAAGUGUGUAAACCCAUGUGUGGAGACUCAUGCUACAUAACCCUUUGUAGGGUCUUGGCCAGUGCUUUUAAAGGCUCCUAGACGAGGUUCAGGGCAUAUUCAUGUUGUGCUAUACCUCUCAGGCACUCCCAGUGAUACAGAAGUUCAUUGUAUCUGUGAGGAUGUUCUUCCAUCCAGUUUCAAGCUUGCUGAGAAAGCUGGAGAUCAUUUGUGUUAUGGUAGAUGUUGAGGGUGUGUGCGAAGUCUCAUGAAAAGGAGGAGAUGAGCUCCUGUUCUCUCCUUGAAAGAACCUUGAAAAAAAUUACUUGUUUGGACAAUGGCUCCCAGCAUAGCACAAUCAGCAAAGCCACUCUCUACACUGGAGCCAUUGUCUAAAUAAAUAACUACCCCAAGCUGGCAUUCCUUGACCUCACCCUGUACGUCAGAAGUGUCCUAAUUGCCUCUGAAGUUUAAACUUGAUAGAGUCAGGAUCACAUAUCUUGCCAGUAGAGAUGUCGAAUCACCAGAAAUUUGGAAGCCAUGGGGGAGGGGGGAAUCCCAUUUUCACCUUUUUUAUAUGCGUGCGCGCACACACACACACACACACCACUUUUAGAAAAAAUUGAAAAUGCAAUAUUAGCACCCUUUACAGACUGACAGUCAAUCUUUUAUUUUUGGGAACAUAAAAUGCAUUAUAUAUAACUUAUUUUGGCCUAAAACUACCACGUUUCAUAUAUUAAAAGCUGUUGACGUCUGCUACAAAGGAACCACAAAUGAAUAUUGACCUAUGAUAGCUUCACAUGCCUAAUGUCAUGUUUUUGUGCCUGUUAAAGCCAUGGCCCUUUAAAAAGAUUAAUGCAAAAGCAUCUAUAGCUGUAGGGACUGUGUUGUUCUUCCACCCUUGUACAAAAUAUUUGAGCUUUUUGAAGUAAAUGAAGGCAUGCCUGGGAAGACAUGGGAGGAUUCUUAAUUGAUGUUGGCCUCUUUUACACUGCCCAUUUACAGUAUUUGCAUACUCUUUAACUGCCAUGACUGCACCCUUAUUUCAUCCCUCAAGAAAUGACUGAUCCCAGGAUUGCAAGCAUGGCAGCUAAAUUGUGUAUGGAAAUGCUGUAAUUGUGUAGUAUGAAAGAGAUGGUUGAGUGCUUUCUCUCAUGUGUGUGAACAAAUCAUUGCAGUUAAUCAAUAAAUUCUUCAUCUGGAAACAACCUCAAACUCUGAAGUGUUACAGAAUAACUCUAACAGUGCUUUGUAGUAGGUUUAUACUACUGACACAUUUAAAAAUGCUCAAACCAAGACCAGUCUACUUUCUAUUUUUGGCCCUCAUUUCCUUUUUGAGUGUGAGUGAAAGAAAAUGAGAAUGAGAAUAUACUCUUUAAUUGUAACGUGCAGCUACACUGCAGAAUUAAUGCAGUUUAACACCACUGUUAACUGCCAUGGCUCAGUGCUAUGGCAUUCUAGGAUUUGAUGUUUUGUGUGAUAUUUAACCUUCUCUGUCAGAGAGCUCUGGUGCCACAAUAAACUACAAAUCUCAGGAUUCCAUAGAAUGGAGUUAAAGCAGUGUCAAACUGUAUUAAUUUUGAAGUGUGGUAGCAGCCAUAGUUUCACUGUGGUUUAUGGUCCAGAGCAGGAAAAUAAUUGAAUUCUCAAUUAUGGUAUAAAGAAUUCUGCCACUUUAUCUCAGUUCAGGAAAGAGGAAGAAAGCACACACAUAGAAUUGUAGAAGUAGUGUUUAUAUAUCUAUAUAUCUAUAUCUGUACAUCGAUGUUUAGAUAUAUACACAUACAUACUUACAGGGACUCUGAUUUCAUGUGACUAAAGGCCAAAUUAGAGAUCCUGUUAAUUGCCUGGUCACAAUUAAUAUGGUCAGUUUUAGCAGUGGAGUGUGCGAUCAUGACUGCAGCAGAUGGAGACAGGAUGCUCUAUUUUCCUUGCACGGUAUAGUAUGGAACCCUGCCCCCUGCAACCUAUUUCCUUCCUGGAGGGAAUCGCAACUUUAAGGAGGGGUGGCUUUUACUAUGAAUGUGACAGAGUCCUCACAAACUUGAAUGCAUCCCCAUCCCAUGGCUGCUACUUGAAUAGUAAUAAAAUAUUAAUAAAAAAAAUUAGGCAAGUUAAUUGUCUAAUGAUGUCACAUCCACUGUGGCCUUUUUUACCUUCUGAAUGUUCCUUUAGUGGCCUGUUAUGGUUUGUAGUAAUUUGUGAUACAAACAAUGUCAUUUAGAAUACAUGAAGAGUUAAAUCCAAAAGUGAUGGUUGCAAUGGUGGCUGUUCUCUGUGACCCAUGUCACUUCACCUUGCAAUGUUGUAUCAAUCCUUAAAUUUUCCUUUAUCUAAUGUGAGUUUGAGAGGACACUGCUUGCAGCAGUGGUGUGGGCCGGUGUCAAUCAUGUGAAGAGUAUGAGUAGACUCCACAAGUAAUAUUGUGUGAUACCUCUGCCUUGCUGAUUUUCAAUACAGUUAUGUUUCAGCAAUAUGAUAAAACUCUUUGCUGCUUUCCUUGAGCAAUAUGCUUCUUUGAAUUCAGUAGUUCCUUGCAGUAUUUUCAUCUUGUUUCAUAGUUUACUUUUAUGAGAUCAUAUUGGUUAACCUCUUUCCUCUGGAUUGCCACCCAUGGCCUUAUGGGAUAGCAAAUGAUUUUGAACUAGAAGGGAAGAUACCCUCUAUUGCUUUUCAGUUAAAUGUUAAGAAAAAGAUACCUCCACAUUACUUCCUCUGUUAUAUGGUGUAGCCCAAUGUAAAAAUAAUAAUAAAAAUAGAUGGUGAUGAAUGAACUAA